UGAUUUAACUUCUGGUUGCUCGUCCUUCACUAAACAAGGGCACGACACAUUUCUCCUGAAUUCAGGUAGUUUUUAAAUAAAAAAAGAAACAUUUCUAACUGAUGCUGUGUGAUUUCACACUAUUUGACAGUAAGCCAUUUAUGUGACGCAUCUGCACUGUCGAAAAAACACUGAAGGAUAUUAUGCGGUGGAAAUCUCCGUUUGGGUUUGGAAAGAAAUGACUGUUUAUUGUGGCUUUCCCAUGGAAAAGAUGAACUGCUUCAGUCGCAGGUUUAGACGCACAGCUCCCACAAGUGGCAGCAGCAAAAGUGAGUUGGUCCCUUUCAGGACCCCAAGGAUCAACGGAUGGUCGUGGCCCCCUCAGCCCCUUCAAGUGGUCGGGUGGGUGGUGUACAUCUACCUCGCCGUAGUCUCCUUUGGGAUUUUCAUCCCCCUCCUGCCUCGGCCAUGGAAUGCCAUGAGCUACGCUAUUUCUGGCAUAUCAUUUUUGCUACACUUUUUCACUAACAUUGCUACUGUAACUAUAGAUCCAGCAGAUGCGACCGUUCGGGCCAAAAAGAACUAUUCCUCUCCUCUGCCUCUUUUUGACAAGGCAAAACAAGCACAUGUCAUCCAGGACCUUCACUGUUACCUCUGUGAUGUCAAUGUUGGCCCCAGAGUGAAACAUUGUGGAAUUUGCAACAAAUGUGUGGAAGGCUUUGAUCAUCAUUGCAAAUGGUUGAACACUUGCGUGGGUCAGAGGAACUACUGGUUCUUCUUUGUGGCGCUUAUUUCUGCCAUCCUAGCAGUAUUUAUGCUCACCAUUGUCAUCUUGUUCAUAUUUGUUCAACAUUACCUGGAUCCGCAUAUUUUACGGACUGCACCACAGUUUGCGACAGUGCUGGGGAAUACAACAUGGCUGGUGUUUCUGCCAUUAGCCCCUGUAGAGACGAGUUCAGCUGGUCUCCUUACGUUAGCCUUCAUAACAGUUCUGGUCUGUGUCGUCUGUAUGUUGCUGUUCUGUCACUUGCUGGGAUUUCACCUUUACCUGUUUUAUAAAGGAAUAAGCACGUAUGAUCACGUAAAGAACAAGCGAGAGAAGGAAAACAGAAGACGAAACACGGAAUCUAAAAGUGCAAGCACCUGCUCUUCAAAAUCUUAUACACGCUCUCAAGAGAACCAAGACGCAUCAAAUAAUUGUGAGCAAACGUUACCACAGAGUCCAAGUUUCUUCAGAUUUGCCAACACAAAUCAACUUUCCAGCAGACUGUCAAACUCUAUAUGUAAAGAGCUGGAAAACUUUAAGAAGUCUGCAGAAAAAGAGAAUAGUUUCAAUUAUGGGACAGAAAAUCCAACACAGAAUGAAACAAGGUCAAUAUCAAUGAGUGUCAUCAUGAGUCCAAAGGAAGCUCAGGGAACCAGUGAAAGGUUCACUCCUGAGGCACAGAACCCUCUGGCCUGCUCAGUUGUGGCUCGGGAUCCUACAUCUCAGUGACUGUCUGAAAAGAGAUGGGCCCGGAGCUGAUGCUCUCAGGAACAAGUUGCUGCUUGGGUCAGAAUUAUUGGUACAUUAACACUGUAACCCUAAAUUUAUGGUUAUCUUCAGAAAUAAUUGAAACAUGUUUGAUUUAGUGUAAUCAGGGUAGACAAAUAGAUUAUAGAGGCAGACUAGACUGUUUGGCGUUGCACACAUCACAAUGAUUUGAUAUUAGAACUUCUCAUAUUUUGUGUCAUUUUUUCUUAUAUCGUUUCUCUCUAAGGCAGUUUUAGACGAUAUUUAUGUUGGUAUUUAGGACUGAAAUAUUUUGUCAUUUCAAUUUUUUUUUAUCAGUUACGUUCCUCUCUUCAGAUUCAGUCAUUUGAUGAUCAAUUAUUUAAGAGCUUCUUUAGCUGAAGCCCAAGCCACUCAGUUCUGAAAAAGUUCUAAGUCUUAAAAAUGCUAUCUUUACAAAAGAACAGUUAAUUAUUGGUUAGAUUUUUUUGGAAGCAGCAGUCUUACAUUUUUAUUUCUGUGGGUAGAUGUCUCUUGUAACCCUUCUGGUUCUGUAUGCAGCGCAGGCUACCGACCCAACCCAUCAAUCCAAAUUUCUCCAGCAGUUUCUUUUUUCUUCCAUCGUAAAACACUAAACCCAUCUGUGCAAUAAAAUUGAAAUCUAAAUGUUUAUCUCAUGAACUCUUAGCCCACUGUUAGUUUGAGGAACAGCGAAAUAAGAUAUCUUCUGCUUGUUUUGUGUCAUUUUUUAAUGACAGUUAUAUUUUGCACAAAGUUAGUUGAAUUGUUCCUUUUUCUGAAUGUUUUCAAACACAAAGGGUUACAUUUUAGGGAUGCCAGUAAUUCUUCCCUACUUUGAAAAUAUGCUUCAUGAAACUGAAGCACCACGUUUGUUUUCUGUAUGUCGAUGAAGAGUGUUUUGGAGCUGAAACCACAGUUGCUAAACGGAUUGGAUGUGGGGGUGGGGAUGUUUGUUUUGUUUUAUUGUUUAACUUUUCAAAGGAUAUUUUUGUAUUUAAUAUGUAUCUAUUUUUAUUUCUUGCAUCGUGAUUUUUUUUUCUCAAACUUUUAUUAAAAAUAUUUAAAGCUUUGGUUAGCUCUACCUAAUUUGUACAGAGAUUAAAAGAACACUCUUUCUUCAAGAUGAA